AUUUGCAUUGCUGUGUGUGAUUUUUAGACUACUUAAAUCAUCCAUUUCGCGUCCUCUUUUUUAGCACUUUUCUUUUUUUCAUUAUUCUCUUUUCAACAAAAUGACUGCACUCAUUCCUGGCUCACCUCCACUUGGUCCUAAUGAACCACUCAAGGUAGAUACAGAGAGUAUCGAUACUUCUUCCCCUCCAAAGACACCUCCUGGUGAAAAAAAUGGCCCUUAUUUCAGAGGACAAACUCGUCAAUUUCAUCAAGGUGAUUUCGAAUCAGAGCAGCACUUUUAUCCUCGUGUCUUGAAUGCUCAAAUUCAUCCCUUGGUUCAAUCUUUCUUUACCUUGGGUAACGAACGGAUCAUUGCUCGUUAUACUCACUUGAAUCCAAAGGUGAAGCCUGAAGUACUCAAGAAGGUCUUAUCUUAUUCACCCAAACAUUUUCAAUGGGCUGGCUCGGAUUUAUUUAAUGUAACUACUGCAUCUGGUCAUCGUCAAAUGAUCGUCAUUGAAACCAAUUCGUGUCCAUCUGGCCAAAAGUCGAUGCCGUUAUUAUCCGAGACAGAUGAAUAUAAUGAACAUGGUGGUUAUCGUGUCGUUAUCAAAUCGGCCUUCCAACAACAACUUGCUAAAGCUGAUCCUAGCCUUGGUGGGCUAGCCGUUGUCUGUGACAAGAAUAUGAUGGAAUCUACUGGUUACGCCGCAGUCUUGGCAGAUGUGGCUCAAGAGCAUGUAUGGCAUGUGGAAUGGCAUGUAGGUGAUCCUGAUCCUGAUGCCAAGUUUGUUGAUGGCGUUCUUUAUGUUCGUGAUAAGGAAAAGCAAUGGCAUCCCAUACGUGCUUGUUUCCGUUACGUCACCCAAAAACCUUGGAACCGCUUUCCUCUCAAGACAAAAACAGUCGUGAUGAAUCAAAUCAUUAGCUGCCUUGCUGGUGGUAGAAACAAGAUGAUGGCUGCGAGAGCCUAUGAUUUUUAUAAUUCCGAAAUUGUCGAUACUGGUUUAGCCAUUAGGACACCAGAAACGAUCAAUAAUGUCACACGUGGUGAAAUCCCCUUGUGGAUUCGAUCGAUGGGUGGACAUGCAGUGCUCAAGGUCCCUUAUAGUAAUGCAGGUCAAGGAGUUUAUACCAUCACGAAUAAGAAAGAACUCGAUAACUUUUUGAGUCAAGAUCAUUAUUAUGACAAGUUCAUUGUUCAAUCCCUUGUGGGUAAUGCUUCCUGGUCAAGUGUGACAAGAACGGGCAAAUUUUUCCAUGUAGGAACUAUUCCAAAUAAGAAGAGCAACACUUAUGUGAGUGAUCUUCGUAUGAUGGUUGCCGGAAGCGAAGAAGGCUUCAAGCCUAUUUGUAUAUAUGGACGCAAAGCAAGGCUCCCACUCUUGGGUGAAUUAAAAGAGGAUGUUGCAGAUGACACCUGGGAUAUGCUUGGAACAAACCUCUCUGUAAAAUUACCCGAUGGAAGCUGGACAACGGACACGUCAAGGCUGAUUUUAAUGGAUCGUAAAGACUUUAAUCAGCUUGGAUUGGGUAUAGAUGAUCUGAUUGAUGCUUAUAUUCAAACUGUGUUGGCAGUGAUUGCUAUUGAUCGUAUGGCGUCAAGACUUAUGGCUAAUGGAAACUUUGAUUACCAACUAUUUGAAAGUUUAAACCCUGAUAAUGCUCUCUUGAGCGAAAUUAAGCAAGCAAACCCUGAAGAUUUUUAA